AUGCCGCCGUCUCCUGCUGCUUCCAAAUGGGCUGCUCGCCAAGAAGAGCUCACCUGCAAGGUCUGUUCGCGCACAUUUAGCCGCCAUGAGCAUCUACAGCGCCAUUCUCGUACCCACACAAAAGAAAAACCGUAUGCCUGUUUCUGCGGCCGUUCAUUUUCCAGAAAGGAUCUUUUGACCCGUCACGAGCGGUUGAAUCAUGCUACGGCCGAGGGGGAAAACAAUCCUGCCCCCAGAAAUCAAAACUUGACGGCAGGAGCAGUUCAAGCAGAAGCUAUCCCACAGAGUGUGGAACGAGGUCUCACCCAUUCAGACGAUCCUCAGCCACAAUCAACCCUUUACACAGCACCUGGAGCAGAAUCAUACCUUCUUGAUCCAUUCUUACUGUCUUCAACUGACGGUCUCUUUCCGGAAUGCGAUGACCCAAUGUUUGGUUUCACCAGAUAUUUGAGCAACGGAGACCUCGGCUUCGACUGGAACGGGAUCUUCAUGAACACCGACUUGGGGUUACAGAACUCCAAUCCGCCCGACUACCAGACAGUGGACCAGAUUGUCCCAGAGAGAGCUGACAUUUCAUCGCGGGUCCCAGAUGCUUCGUCUGGGGAUGAUGAUUUUCGCGAGCUAAAACCGCUGAGCUGCCCGUGGCUUCUCUCCGAGGCACAGUACUUACAACUCAAUCAUGCCUUGUCUCCGUUUCAUUUGAUCAACCCCCGCUUUAUUCUUCCAUCACGAAUGGCCGUUGCACGAUAUACCCUCGGCUACGUCCAAGGGUUCAGCGACCACCACCCAGUCAUUCAUAUCCCCACUCUAAGACUCACCAACUACUCGCACUCGCCAGAACUGGUGCUAGCGCUGUUGGCCAUUGGUGCUCAAUACCGAUACGAAACGAAGACCGCACGCUCGCUCUACCAAGCUGGUCGAGCGAUUAUACGAGAGCGCCUCCAGCGAGGGGAGUUGUUUCCGCCUCCUACCUCCGGGCCACAAUUUGUGGAUGCGUCAUCCCCGGCGUCAAAGCAUUAUAUGGACCGCACCAGGGCCUUGCUCUUGCUGGCGAUCUAUUGUUCUUGGCAUAUGGAUCCUGAUUUGACACAAGAGUUCACGGAAUAUCAAGGGCUUGUGGCGCGUUCCUUGCGGCAUGACUGCCUUUCUGAAAGGGGCGAUUACGACCGGACUAAUUGGUUUCAAUGGGCCGCUUAUGAAACAGACCGACGUACCAAGUUCUUUGGGUGGUGCUUGUUGAAUUUCCGCAGCCUGGCUUAUAACGAACCUCCUCUGCUGCUCGUCCGCGAAAUAGAUCUCUUUCUGCCGUGCUCAUGCAGGGAAUGGGUAGCAAAGACCGAGGCCGACUGGCUCCUAGCCACCAGAAAUGCCCCUUCAGCUGUCAUGUUCAAGGCAGCCCACAUGUCCCAUCUCGACCGCACGGCGUCCCCCGUCACGCAAGUCUCCCCUUUCGGAAACUACGUCUUGAUCCAUGCUCUUAUCCAGCGUAUAUACAUGACUCACGAAGUCUCGCACGACCCGAACGGACAGAUAAUCUCUCCCGGAUAUAUUAACGAAUUAGAACAGUCUUUGGAUGACUACAGGCAUACCUGGUGCCGCUCACCAGAAUCAAUUCUCGAUCUUCAUAACUCAUACGACUCACUUUCCUUUGCAUCGACCGCACUUUUAGGAUUGGCCCAUAUCCGGCUUCACUGUAAUCUUGGUCGCUGGCGGGACCUUCAAAGCGGAGAUCCUCGCACUGUCGCAGCGAUGCUGCAAGAAGCUCCACUACCACAGCGCGGCCCGCAGCUCUUCCACGCUCUUUUACAUUCAGUCCACUCCUUGAAUAUACCGGUGCAAGUGGGUAUCUCUUACCUAUCGCGCUGCAGAUCAUUCUCUUGGAGCGUGGACCAAGCGAUAUGUGCCUUGGAGAGCGCCGCGUUUCUGAGCAAGUGGCUCCAGCGGGUUUCUCUCUCACAUUCAAAUCCGCCACUCUCCGGGCUUGAGCACCGCGUUGUUCGUUGGAUUAUGAGGGUUGUGCGAGAGGCGCUCAUGUCCCAAGACGAAACAAUCGAUUUCGGAAACAACAUCAACGAUUCGCAGCUAGAGAAUCCAGCAGAAACCACCAAGCUACUCAGCUACGCCGUUGUGAAGGUAUGGGCCAACAUGUUCAAGUCUUGCAACUGCCCCUGGCCUAUGGUCGAAUUUGUCGGACAGAGCCUGGAUCAAUAUGCUGUGCUCGUGCGCUCUUCUCCCUACGAAGCAUAA